UUGUUCUUUCUCUUCCAUGAAAAGAGGCGGGGUUUGAGUUUGGGAAAAUUCAGAGAAAAAGCGUAACUAGUCAGGAGGGAGAAAUCUGGUAUAUCAAACUCGAUUUUAAACAUGGAAAUCGUCUUUUAAGUGUGAUGCUGGGAAGUCUAAUUCAUGCCUUCAUCAUCCUGCCCCGAGAAGACUCUAGCCUCUCUCUCUCUCUCACACAUCUGACCGCUGGAGGAAGGCGCAAACUUUGGAAGGCGCUGCGUCUUGUCGCUCGUGUCCAGUGUGAGUGAACGGUGCGAUGAAACUAUUCUUUUUUGGCUUCACUCCUCGCGUGCUGUCACGGACAUAUUCCACCUAGGAAGCCAACGGCAGCUCCAGCUAAUAAUGCGGCGUGAUUGAUCAUCGGUAGGAGACAAUACCCAUCCACUCUUUUGGAUAUCUGUGGACGAAGAGGCGUUUGUUCCGCGGUGUUUCUCGCUGUGACAGGACUUACUUCUUUUAGAUCAGUAUGACGUCUCCGGCUAAAUUCCGAAAGGACAAGGAGAUUAUAGCCGAAUAUGAAACGCAAGUCAAAGAGAUCCGAGCCCAGUUGGUGGAGCAGCUUAAGUGUUUGGACCAGCAAUGUGAGCUCCGUGUGCAGCUCCUGCAGGACCUGCAGGACUUCUUCCGCAAGAAGGCGGAGAUCGAGAUGGACUACUCACGCAACCUGGAGAAACUAGCCGAGAGGUUCCUGGCCAAAACGCGUUACACAAAGGACCCUCAAUUCAAAAAAGAGCAGAAUGUCUUGUCUCCAGUCAACUGCUGGAACCUUCUCUUGUCUCAGGUGAAGAGAGAGAGUCGAGACCACGCCACACUCAGCGAUCUCUACCUCAACAACAUCAUCCCACGCUUCGCCCAGGUCAGCGAGGACUCAGGACGCCUCUUCAAAAAGAGUAAAGAAGUGGGCCUCCAGCUGCAGGAGGAUCUGAUGAAGGUCCUCAAUGAGUUGUACACGGUGAUGAAGACCUAUCACAUGUACAACAUGGACAGCAUCAACGCCGAAAGCAAGCUGAAGGAGGCAGAAAAGCAGGAGGAGAAACAGAUGAGCCGCAGCGUCCGACACGAGGACAGGCAGACCCCUCGCUCGCCCGACUCCCUGACAAACAUCAAGAUAGAGGAGAAACACGUACGCCGCAGCUCUGUCAAGAAGAUCGAGAAAAUGAAGGAGAAGCGGCAAGCAAAAUACACUGAGAACAAGCUGAAAGCCAUCAAGGCCAGGAAUGAGUAUCUUCUGGCUCUGGAGGCCACCAACAGCUGUGUCUUCAAAUACUACAUCCAUGAUCUGUCUGACCUCAUAGAUUGCUGUGACCUGGGCUACCAUGCCAGCCUGAACCGUGCACUGCGUACCUACCUCUCGGCCGAGUUUAACGUGGAGACUUCCAAGCACUGUGGUCUGGAGACCAUCGAGAACGCUGCUGAGAACCUAGAGGCCAACGCAGACAAACAAAGGCUCAUGGAGACCUACAACAACGUCUUCUGCCCUCCGAUGCGAUUCGAUUUCCAGUCUCACAUGGGUGAUAUGGUGAGCCAUAUGUGUGCCCAGCUGCCCGUGCAGGGAGAGCUGAUCCAGAGAUGCCAGCAGCUACAGUCUCGCCUGUCAACACUGAAAAUAGAGAAUGAAGAGGUGAAGAAGACGAUGGAGGCCACUCUGCAGACCAUCCAGGACAUGGUGACCAUUGAGGACUUUGAUGUGACUGACUGCUUCCACCACAGUAACUCAAUGGAGUCGGUCAAGUCCACUGUCUCUGAAUCUUUCAUGAGCAAACCCAGCCUGGCCAAGAGACGAGCCAACCAGCAGGAGACGGAGCAGUUCUACUUCGCGAAACUGAAGGAAUUUCUGGAGGGCAGGAACCUCAUCACCAAACUACAGGCUAAACAUGACCUGAUCCAAAAGACUUUGGGAGAAAGUCAGAAGACCGACUACUGCCUUGCCAGCGGACGGAGGAACUCCACUGUUCAGAAACAGGAGUCCUGCCAAAUCAUUCCCCUGAUGGUGGAGAGUUGUAUUCGCUUCAUCAGUCGACACGGUCUCCAUCACGAGGGGAUAUUCAGGGUGUCUGGCUCUCAGGUGGAAGUCAAUGAUAUUAAGAACGCUUUUGAAAGAGGUGAGGACCCGCUGGCUGGGGACCAGAAUGAUCACGAUAUGGACUCCAUCGCUGGAGUGUUAAAGCUCUACUUCAGAGGCCUGGAGAAAGCACUCUUUCCUAAGGAAGUCUUCCAUGACCUAAUGUCCUGUGUCUCCAUGGAGAACCUCCAGGACAGAGCUGUCCACAUCCGCAAAGUCCUGCUGUCUCUACCCAGCAGCACCCUGGUUAUCAUGAGAUACCUGUUCGCUUUCCUCAACCACCUGUCCCAGUACAGUGACGACAACAUGAUGGACCCUUACAACCUAGCUAUCUGCUUCGGCCCCACACUCAUGUCUGUGCCCGAGGGCCACGACCAAGUCUCCUGCCAGGCACAUGUGAACGAGCUCAUCAAAACCAUCAUUAUCCAUCAUGAGUGCAUCUUUCCAGGGCCCCGUGAGCUGGAGGGGCCCAUCUAUGAGCGUGGAGGAGCCGCUGAGGAAUACUGUGAUAAUCCACACAUUGAGCCCCCCCUAGUGGCUGAACCUGCACCUGACACCGCGUCUGUAAUCCGCAACAGUGAUGAUGUAAAGUCAGGGUCAUUGAACGUUUCAGAGUCUGAUCCCAUUGAGGCCGUCGCACGUUUUGACUACUCUGGACGCACCGCCCGUGAGCUUUCCUUCAAGAAGGGGGCGUCUUUGCUGCUGUACCACCGUGCAUCUGAGGAUUGGUGGGAGGGUCGGCACAGCGGCACUGAUGGACUGGUGCCGCACCAGUACAUAAACAUGCCAGACAUGCCGGAUGGAUAUACAGGCAGAGGAAGUCCCAAAGCUGACCUAGAGGCUUCCCAUGAUGCUGUGGAAGAGAAGGUGUCCACCAGAGCCAGUGCUGACUCACCCACCGGAGGUCACGUAGCUGAUAUCUACCUAGCUAACCUCAACAAGAUGAGAAAACGGCCCGAAGCGACCAGCAUCCGUAGAACAAUCCGGCCUGUGGACGGACAAGGUGAGGGCUCAUCCGGAGCAACAGGGGGUUUAAAGACCUCCUCUAUGCCGGCAGGUGGAUAUGCAAAGGAGGGCACAGACAAGCGGCCGGUCAGUGCUCAUAGUGUCCUAAACUCCAUCACUCGACACUCCUCUCUAAAGACUAAGGUAGAAGGUCCUCAGCUCCGCAAGUCCACACCUGCAGGACGAUCAAAGAGUUUCAGCAACCACAGACCACUGGAGCCGGAGGUCAUCGCUCAGGUGGAGCACAGCUCUCAGGACAUUGAGGCGACUAUGAACACGGCUCUAAGUGAGCUGCGAGAGCUGGAGAGGCAGAGCAACGUCAAACACACUCCUGACGUGGUGCUUGACACUCUAGAGCAGCUGAAAAGCGGCGGGGCGUCUGAACCCUCCAGCCCGCUUCAUUCCCGCCUGCUCCGUGAGGCCGACUCCUCCCAGCAUCCUCUGCAGCGCAGCGCCAGUUCAGCCAGCGACAUGCCCUCCACCUUCCGGCCCGGCAAGAGCUCGGGUCCCAAGAGCCCUCUGUCUACCACAGGUCUGUCGGCUUCCGGCUCCACCUUCAGAGAUAACAAACCCCCAGCCACCAAACCCAAGCCUGUGGUGUUCCCGAAGAGCAGUUCGGCCGGGGGCAGUCCGGCGAUGGGAUCCCCGACCACCACCAUACCGCCAACACCACCACCCCCUCCACCACCCACCGACAAGUCCUGCCCGGUCUGAGGGUUUACAGCCUCGAUCCGUGAUCCAUCUUAGGAAUUCCAAGUGCAACCUCUAACAAUUUUAACGGAAAACGGCGGACAACUUAACAGACCUACAGUAAACUGAUAUUGGAUGCUUGCGUGAGUGAGCACGAGUUUGUGUGUGUGUGUGUGUGGAAUUCAUAAACACUUGUGGAAAUAUUGGAGUGUUUUUAAAACACUGUUUUAGUUUGGAUUGAGACCUGGACAUCCCUAAUCAUUCCUCUCUAAUCCCAAAAUUAGUGCUUUGGAGUUUUCCCGCCUGUGUAUAGACUGAUUUUAUAGGAAAGGGGUCAAACUUUGGGGAUGAUGGAGCAGUGGACACUUCCUCUCUUCCCCUCAGACUUUAGUGCUGGUGCAGCUUGAAGCAGGUUACAGACGGCACAGCAUCGUAGUGAAUAGAAACACAUUUUCCUGAUAUGAAUUUGCCACUCCUUAUCACACAACAGCAUUGCAACCUGAUCACAAAUCUGUCUUUUUCUACAGAUUCUACAAUAAUCAGUAGUUACAGUUCACAUCACCCACAUUGGCUCAGUCUCUGCAUCUCUUUUUACUAAUCUUGCCAUCAACAGGCAACUAAACACUCCAAAUACAGGAAUGGGAACAUCUCUGCAUGAGGAUUCAUGAUACAAGAGAGUUGCAUGGCAAAUAUGGAUUAAUUUCCAUACACAUCAGAAGCACUUCUGGAAAUCUGAACUGUCAUUUUAUUCUACUAUUAUAUCAGCAGGCACAUAAAAAGAGGGUGUUGUUUUGUAAAAAUCUAAUAAUCAUGAUUAUAACUGGAAAAAAGUAUCUAAAAUUGAGGAAUGUCAUGCAAGCGCAUUAUUUCUUCAUGGCCCAUGUAUAAAUCAAAGCAGAUUAAAUAAAAAAAUCCUUUUAUUUAAUGUUUUUCCCCUAGGUCAUUACUCACCUUUGGGUCUGUAUCAUGGUAUCUAUGUAUUAGUUUGUGUGUUUUUGUACAGUGUGUAGAUUCUUUUAGAGAUUUAAGGCUUUACAAUGCAAAAAAAAGGGAAAGACUUCAAACAUGGGACACAUGCAGAAACGUAGCUUGCUUGCCACCGUUUUUCCAACUCCGAAAGGAUAAGUGUGCAGAAAGUCUCUUUAAAGACUGACAAUCUUCAUCACACGGUCGGCCUGAUUAUGCCUUUGACAGAAUGGAUCAGACAAGUCUGUAUUUUCCUAAGCGAGGCCUUAUUAUCCUAGAAGAAUGAGUUGUGGUGGUUUGCAAAAGUAGCCUGCUUCACUUUGAAGCAUUACAAGCCCUGAACAGUCUAACAUGCUGUUACUCUGCGACUGUGACUCCUGGAAAAUACCUACGGACAGACUGAGAUGUUUACAACCAAGGACAUUUUUUUUCUCUCCCCCAAAUAACAUUGAAUUUUUGAGGACAAGCCUUUUCCUAACGUGUCAUUUUCCGAAUGUGUUGUCGUGUCCUGAAAAAGUCUUCACAGGUUUGUUCACGUGUUAAUGAUUGGACGUUUUCUGUGUGUUGUUCCUGAUACCUCAUAAAGGCAACUGGAAACUGUCUUAUUGGAGUUGUUUUGUGAGUUGGACUUUUUUAAUGCAAAUGACAGCAGGAAACUCAUGGUGUGUGUUUAAUGUGUAACGUUAUAGUAUGCUGUUGGCCGAGGCCUCUGUUUACACACAUACUGUUCUCUUUCAUUGUGUAAAUUGAAAUCAAUCAUUAUACACUUGAAUCUGGUUGUGUGUUUGUGAACAAAUUAAGUGAGGGUGAUUUUCUUUCUUUUUUUGUAAUCAUAACUAUUGUUAAUGUAAUUCCUGUCCAGUUGAAACAAGACUGUAAAAUGAAACGUCUUGGCAGAUAUAUUUAUAGUUGUCCAUUCAGAUAUCUGUUACCUGAGAAACCUGUGUUCAGAUGUACUUUGUAUAUACAAUAGUGUACAUUACAGAGGUACAUUCUUUUCCUUCUUCAUUUUUUUUUUUUUUUUUUUGGUACAAUAUUGUA